UUGUCGUACAUCUUCAGCUCUUACACUGAGUCAUGGCAUCUAUGAUUCAUUACAAUUUAGGUGCUGGCAUUAGUCUUAGAAAAACCCUGAAUAGCAAAUUUUUUGCAGUCCAACCAAAUAAUAUUGCUAAUGCAAGGCAUUUGAGCAACCUAGUAGUCACCAAUAAUGUCCAUUCUCCUAUCCCCAAGUUCACAUUUCCUCAACAAUCAUUAGCAACAAAAAGGCAACUAAAUGUUGCAGCAAAGAAUAAAGAGGAUCAAUGGAAACUGCGGUGCAGUGAUUGUGCACCUGGUUUCAAAUCGGAUUUCGUUGAUGAUAUUGGCAUCCUGAUCCACAGGUUCUUCUAUGCCAUCAAUUCGAGAAACGACGAACAAUUACUGGAGGAUGUUCUCUCAUGUGACUGCGUGUUUAAGGACUUCAUUUUUCAGAUUGCAUUCGAUGGAGAACAGAGUAUCAUACAAUUUCUUCGGAAGGUAAUGAUGGCAAUGGGGCCUAAUAUUCGUUUCAAGAUUGAAAGUGUGCAAUGUAAGAAUGAAUUGCAGGCGGCAACUGCUUUCCUGCAUCUAGAGUGGGACAAUCAAGUUAUACCCUUCACCAGAUUUUGCACUGACUUUGAGUGUGAGGAGUUUGACGAAAAACUCUUGAUCAGGAAAAUCACAGUAGUGAAAGAACAAGGCGAAGUCGUUGAUGUUGACGUUAUGCUGAAACUUUUGGAGGCAGCAAGUAGCAUAUUUGACAUGUUCCCAGAUCAAACCAGGAAGUUACUAUCGAAAUUGAACGAAUAAUAAAGAUGGUUUUGGAGAUAUUUGGAGGAUAUUUCGAAGAUAUUUAACUCGAUAUGGAUCCAUUAUCUUGCCGUGAUCUAUAUGCAGUGGCAGAUUCAAGACAUCAAAUUCGGAAGCACCGUGCAUUAUAUAUAUAAUCUAUAGGAUUGUCGGUUAAAUUAAUUUUCUGUAAGAAAAACAAACAAAUUAAUUAAUAUGUCACCAGAGGAUAAUUUUCUAGUU